UUUGUACAGGAACAUCGUGUCGUACAGACUGUGUUUAAGUUUAGGUCUAUCAAAUUUGUGUGCGAAUAUUAUAAAUUAAUCGCAAAAACGCUAAGUGUUUCGAAUUUUAUUUCUUUACCGGAAAAUUAAAAAUUUAUUCCGGAGAGUCUUUAUCACAGGACCAGUUAAUUAUUUAUAAAUUAUUCUAUUUAUAAUUGAGAGAUAUUCGAUUGGCGAAAUUCACUAGAAUAGCAGAAUUUCUCUUAAUAAUCAUAACAAAUCGUGUAGUGUUCGUGUCCUUCAAGUGUAAACACACCGUCGGUUACUCAUUCCAUAAAAUUAAAAACAAAUUUCGUCUACGAAUUGCUUUUCGAGACUUUGGAAUUCGGAUUUUUUCGACAUCCAAGAUGACUAAGUUAAACACCUCAAAUAUCGCUAGAGUUGGUCCUCAUCGAUACCGACGACCAAGACGUCGUCCUCUGGUUGGACCCACCGGCUCUCCAUACCUUGAUUAUACUUUAGUCAUGGAUACGAAGUCUGCUCACUGGUUUCGUCGAAACAAAACUUUGAAUUCCCAGAAAAAAGUAUCCUUUCGAGAUGAGGCAAUUAUAUCAAUGUCGGUUGCCGGAGAGGUGACUGAUUCCUCGAUCGUUGAAGUGGGCCGUUCAAGGCCUCAAUUCCAGUACACUCGGGAGGAACUGAUGGAAAUAAAGGUGGCACCUUUAUCCAAACGAAGACCCGACUGUCUAGACUCGGCAUACAACAAUAAACAUGGUAUUUGGGAUCCUGAGCGUUGGCAUCUGGAUAGGAAACGAAGUGAAACGCCUCCGGAAGAUGAACCAUCUACUCGCAACGAUCAUGUUCCAGAAAAUCAUGCCAAGCGUCGCAGCGGAGAUCCUCGCGAAAGGAUUAGAAAGGAGCAGGAUGGUAUAGUUCUGAGUCCGCAGCGGCGAAGCUUUAACUCCGGAUGUUUCGUCAACGUAUCGCAACCCCCAACUAGACGACCUGAAAGUCCGCUAGGAAAAACUGAGGUCCCUCAUCGAGAACCUGUACGACGAAUCGGCAGUGGUCGUAUCUUGAACCGCGACAUGUGGGACUUCCGAUCGGAAAACGACAAGUUGGAUUCAGACCGUUCAGAAUUUAGUUUCAGACCCGGUGGCGGUGGGCCUCUCCGAGACCGAGACAAUCGUGACAAUCGCGAGGCCGGAAGAGGAGAGCCUAUGCGUGAUCGUGACAACAUCCGUGAUCGAGACGAACGGAACGAUCGCUACGAACGUCGCUCCUUCGGUCGAGACUUUGGUGAUAGAGACCGAGGCUUGGAACGAAAUGAACGCAACCAGCAAAAUGACCGAGACAAAGAUCGUGGACCGAAUCGCAGGUACGGGAACGAUCGUAGGAGAACUUACAAUGAUCAACGUGAGAUCGAAGAACCUGAAUGGUUCAGUUCUGGACCAACCUCUCAGCAUGAUACCAUUGAAUUGCGAGGCUUCGAAGACAUCCCCGAGGAGAAGAUGAACAAUAAUAUCACCAAGAGUAAGAAACAAUCGCCAGCUCAGAAGAAACGAGCGAAGAAAGCUGCUGAGAAGGAGGAAAAACAGAAUGAGAAUCAUUCCUCUGGGCCGAAGGGUCGAAGCACUCCUAAUUCGAUGGAGCCGCAAAUAAACGUUGGCGCUGCCCCUCAUUCUCCUAUAUUGGAGCAAAACGAACAACAGUCUCCUCGUCCGAAAGAGAAAUCAGAGGAGAGCAAAGUCGCCUCCUCUGAACAGAACUCACAUGUCACUGAAAAAUUGAGUGCAGGUCAAAACCAGGAAACGAAGCCUCCUGAUUUCAAUCUCGACGACUUCUUGAAGUCUGACACUUUUCCUGGAGUUCCUGGUCUACUUUCCAACGGAGUGGGUUCUAAUGGUGGUGCAGGUUCUCGCUUCAGUCAGUGGUUCAAACGGGAAAGUCCUGUUCAGCAGCCUGACAGUCGUAAACCCUCGAUUCAAGAUGAGUUACUCAAUAAUCUUCUAAACGACAUCUCAGAACCCAAGAUCAAGAUUCCGUCUGUUACGGAGUCCAACGCUUACUUCGCUCCGAUUUCUCCUGCUGCUUCUACGGCUGGGAAGUUUAUUGAGAUGUUGCAGAGAGGGAAUAAAGCCAAUCAAAAUGGACAGGGAGACGCUGAGAAUCCAGUUGUUCAGAUGAUGAAAAAUUCCACGAUUAAGGACGCGGAACAGAGUGCGAAACCUUUUCUCAGUUUGGAGGAAUUGGAGGCACGAAUGCGGGGUGGACCUCCACCUUCGGUUCUCUCUAAUGAACCGCCUAGAAUUACGAAAACUGAUGAUGAUCUCUCAGCAUUUAAGAAAUUACUUGCCCAAGUCACAGGAGGUCAGGCAGUGCCUGCAGCGAAUGGACCGAUUCCUCAGAAGCAACAACCAUUUACGUUGAUGCAGUUCAUUAACACUCAGUUGAAAUCUCAGACGCCGAUUGUUCAGCAUCAAAAUCCCGAGCCAAUGCGACCUCCGACUUUCAAUCACGUUGGUCCUCUUGGCCCCGUUCAGCAUCCUCAUCAAAGCCAACUGCAGCAUGAAAACCUAAUGAAGGUCUUGCAAGUUCAACAGCAGCAGCAGCAACAGCAGCAGCAGCAACAGAAACAAAGGCAAGAACAACAGCAGAUGCUUUCAAUGAUGAUGGGUGGGCAGCGAAUGAUAGGUGUCAGUCCUAUUCCGCCAGAUGUCCAGAUGAUGGUCAAUUGUGCUCCUGCGACUCGAGAACUUCUUCAAAGACCAGAAGCUCAAGCCAUCAUUCAUGGACUUCAGCAAGGCGAGAUUACAAGACAGCAUCUUGUACAACAGUUACAGAACCCUGCAAUGCAACACAGGCACCGAGAGGUUUUGGUGAACAUUUUGAAAGUCUACGGCGGAACUACACCUCGUACAGUCAGUCCACAUGCAAGUGCUCCCACUCCCCAGGAUCAUAUGCUGCAGCAAAUGCUGUACCAGCAGCAACAACAGCAACAAAGAAUACCAUCACCAAUGAAUAAUGUCAUUCCACACAGAGUGCCAUCUCCUCGUGAGAUUGCGAUGCACACGCAAACCAUAAUCCAGAACGCCCUGAUCAAGAAGAAACUGGAGGAACAACGCGAAAACUUUCGUAAGCGACAAGAGCAGCAGCAACAUCACCAGCAGCAAAAACAUCAGUCACAUCCGAACGCUCCCAGUCCUGUGAAUUCCCCGGCUAAACAGACUCAAAGUCCGACGCCCUUGGCCUUCACACCGACGUCGGUGCUGCGUAAGAUGACUGCCGAGAAGGAACCUGAGGGCAGCAACGAUCUAUCGAAAAUGGUUUCCCAGAAUCCGGCAGCUCGACGUGACGAACUUUCAGUCAUUGCUGAUUUCGCUCAUCAAGUUGCUCUCGUUGCUGCUGGAGAAUCGCGUGUACCUCCAACACGGUCGCAACCACCGGUCCACCCCACGUGGCAGAAUCCUGCUGUCAAACAGCAUCCUGGACGGCCAAUCGUGAAAGGCGGCGGGGGUGGUACCCAGUUUCAGUAUAGUGGAAAUAUAGAUUUUCAACAGCAACAGCAGAGAGCAACUCCUGGAAUGUAUGGAAAUCCAACGGCACGUUCAAAACAUACAAUGGCAGCUCCAUUACCUCAUCCUAAUGUUCCUCAAUUCAAUGUCGCUUCUAAUUCUGUAAUGGGUCAGAGGGCGAAUCAAAUGACUAGUCAAAUGAAGGCACAACAAGUGCAAUCGCAUCUUGUAAGCUUGCAACAACAACAACAGCAGCAGCAACGAACUGCCAAUCCGCAAAUUCAACUUGCCUUGAACCAAAACUACAACUCCUCUCGUAAUGACGGACGAGUAAUACGACCCCAGCAAUUAAAUAUUGGCAUUGGUCGUCAAACGUCGCCAGGACUUGGAUUUCUGGGCAGUACUGGAGGAGAUCUUUCGCCGACAUCAAAUCAAUUAGCGCGAUGGUUUAGUCCAGAACUCCUAGCUCAAGCUCGAGCUGGAAAGCUCCCAGAACUUGGUCAAACCAACCUUCUCUCGGUGGAGGAACUCGAGAGAUUACAGCAUGCAUCGACAACGGUACACAAUUAAAUCAACCUACGACUUGGUGUGAGAAUUUUAUCCAGUCUGUAUGCCAUUCAUACUGAGAUUCUCAUCUUCAAAUCAAAAAUCUCCUUUGGAUCUCAAACAUGUUAUUCAAAAAGCCUACAAGCGAUUCAAGAUUCAUAGAAGACUCAAUCCAGAUUUUCUAUCAAGUUUUUAUUUUUAAUUCUUAAGAAAAUGUUCCAUCGGCUCGAGAAGAAAUCUAUAUUGCUCAAAAAUUGGAAUGACGUUUUCUCAGAGUCGAAAGUUUCAUUCUUCGAAGUUAAGAUUUCAACCGCGUCAACCAAUGAAAUUCGAAGCUAUGUUAGAAAUCGCUUGCAAUCUUUUCUUGGAUUCUCCUUAAUAGAUUUUUUAUUGUGAUCGUCAUAUAGACAAAAUUAUUUUGAGACUAAAUUUUGACUUAAGGCGGAAACUUUUUAGGUACGUUUUGAAUCGAAAGCGAAUUCAGCGAUUGGAAAAGUUUUUUUUAGUGUUAGCGAGAAUGUGCAAUCAAGACUGUACAAGACUUCUCUCUCUCUCUCUCUCUCUCUCUCUCUGUAAUUCCUGAAAUAAAGACGUCCUUAGAAUUAUGUAGUGCAAUCAUUAAGAUGUAUAAAAAUCGGAUCGUACGUUUUCGGAGGUGCUUGCCAAUCGAAAUCGUAUCCUUGAAAAGUUUGCAGUCCUGCUUGCACAUUCUACACAAUUCUCAAGGAGUUUCGAAUAAAAUGAAAUAAGCUACCUGAAAUGUUCAAUCAUCGCUUCACAUGGAUGCCAAAUAAUUAAUUUUGUUUGGCAAAGGAAGGAAAUUAGGACGGCGUCGGUGUCACUAUUGCUUUCGAGACUGAUGUAUUGCAUAAGAUCGAUAAGGGUUAUUAACGAGUCCUAAAACCAUUAUAGUUAUUAUUUUCUUCUUUCAAAAAUAUCUUGAAAUGGUUUCCCUAUACGUUGAAGCUAGGAGAGUGUAUUUCUCGUAACCUGAUUUACUUGUAACUUAAUAAUGUGGUGUUUGACGUUUAGUGCGUUACUCGUGAGCUCCCCGGAAAGACUGCUUACGCGACGACUCGAGUGUGUGGGCGUAAAUUCAAAAUGAGUUCUCUUUUGGACAAAAGUCGUUUUCCGAACGAAACUUUAGACCCUGCAGUGUGUAUCCUGGUUAUUCAGCGUGCGUUAAAUAUAAAUCCAUAAUGUAUACUUAAUAGAUACGAGAAUACAGUGCUACUGUUGUCGAAGAUUAAUAAUAAUACUAGCUCUCUCUAUCUCUGGCUGGAAAAAGUCAAGGCUUAUCAAAUCACACUGAAGUAAAUUAGAUAAUAAAUUUACAUUCCACAAAACGAGGAUUUAAGGGAGCCCGGCAAAACUUCUUUGUUCUCGAUUUCCACAUCUCAUUCAUUUUUCGGAGUGUCGCUUAACACGGCUGGUCUCAGUGAAUCCUCACGGUUAUUUUACGCACAGAAAGGAAAAAAUCGUGUUGUUAAUUUUGAAGAAAAACGAUUUCGUUGUCUUCUUGAAAAUUUCCAACAAUUGACCAAAAUUGAUUAAAAUAUCGUUAUUGAGAAGAGGCUAUAACCUUUUUUAAAAAAAAAUUAGUUCAGUAAUGAUGUGAACAAGUUUUAAGAUUGAUCUUGAGCCUAAAAAAGGUUAAAAAAAUGGUUUUUAUCUUCUCAAUUUAAAAAAUGCAUCUUCUUGAUUGAUUUUAAUUUCAAAAAGGCUGGAAACGUGUAGUAUUUCUUAUCCAAAUUUAAUCGUUAGAUUCUUACAUCUCAACCAUCUAUAAUUUGGAACUCAGAAAUUCUUUGAAGUGAAGAAAAAAAAGUAGUCUUUCCUUAAAAACAAAAAUCUAACAAUCAAAUUUAGACAACAUACUGUUAAAUGUCUCUGCAAAUACAAAUAAAAAUAGGAUCUAGUUGUUUAUUAAAAUUGAAUGGAGACAUUUAAGAGUCUGUAGUCCAAAUUUAAUCCUUUGAUUCUUAGAAAUUAAAAUUGAUUAUUUAUUCUGAAUUUCAUUUCUUAAAUUCUAAAUGAAAUAUUAAUUUUCAUGUUUAAUAUGUCCUUCUAUUUUACUAUUUUUUAACAUUCUUAAUUUUUCUUAUGCUCAAAUUACCUUAAGUAAAUUUAAUUUUGCAGCCUCCUUCUCAUUUUUAAAAACUAAAACACUCUUUUUCUCAACAAAUGAGCAAUGCGGAAUUUCCGGAAUGAGAAUCAUUAAAACUGAAUGUCCAAGUACUUUUGAGUUAAUUUAAUCGAGGCUAGCUGUGUUAAAAGAUUUAAUGGUUUCGAUCUUCAAAUUGUAACGCUCAUGUAACCUACAUUGUGUGAGAUACAUUGUUUUUAUUAUAUUUUUCAAUUUUGGAAUAGCGUUUUAUCACUUUUUCAUCAUUUAAAGUGGGAUUACAAUCCUAAUCAAAUUUGUAUUGAAAUGAAAAUCUUUUAAAUCAGUGAAAAUCUUUUAAAUCAGUGAAAAUCUUUUAAAUUAGCGAAAAUUUGUAUUCACAUAAUUCAGGAGUAUUUGUCGGAUAAAAUAUUUUAAAGUACUUAACUCAUUCAGUAUAAACUUUGAUUUAUACAGUUUUAAUGAAGUCGGCAAGCAGAUAUUAAGGAAUUUUUUAAAAUAUGGAUUCAAGCAAGGAACACGUACACUGUCUAUAUUUUCUACUACCUUUAUCGUGACAAUUACUGUAGAAAUGUAUCGAAAUUUAAAUGUAAAAAGAUAAUGUUAGUGAUGCAAGUAUAAACGUUUUUGAAAAAUCAAGUUUCGUUCGAUAUCAAAAAAGUGGAACUAAAAGAUUUUCGCGUCGUGUCAAAUGAUGACAUUCAUUAUCUUCAUCAAACACGUAUCGACUCUGUCUCUCUAUCUCUCUCUUUAGCUCGCACUUUUUUUUGGAAAAGCUUGAAAAAUUAUGUAUGAUUAAGAAAAUCGUGCAUUUCUGACUGAAGCGUUUUAAGAAAGUUAAGUUCCCGUGAUCUCGUUCCAUGUCAUGUAAAUUGUUCUGGAAAAUUUGCCGGUUCAUGCCUUCUUGGUUUGUCUUUUCCUUGUCCUGUGAAGCGAAAUUCGCAGCCAGCACUUAAUGAAGGAUAUAUUUAUUGACGGAGUACUCAUGAAAUAAAAAAUAAAAAAAAAGAUAUUAGUGGAGCGAAAUUGUUAGACCUAAAGACUUUAGAAGCAUCUCUCUAUGCAGGUUGCGUUUAAACUAAGUGUCCGUUUGAUAAGACAUAGUGAUCGUAGAACGACGUUCAAAGGAAAAACGACUGUAUAAAAAAUAAAAAUCGCAGAUAUCUUUCCAUUUCUGGCGGCUUAAGAAUAAUCAGAACCAUGGAGUUUCUUUUUCAGAAACAUGAAAGAAUUGCUGUAGUCAUGAACAUGAUGACUAUGGGAUGUGCGCCUCACUCGUUCGCUACUCUGAGGCGAUUCUGUAAUCUUAAAAAUCUUUGUAAAUAAUUCGAACCUUGAAAAAAAGCAAAUUUAUUAGUGAUGUAAGAACCGAGACCCAAUGUUUUGUAAAUAAAGUUAUUAAACAUAUUUUACGAUGUCGAUGAUCUUGAAAAUGAAGGAGCAAGAAGGCGAUAUGUUCCUGUAAAUGGAAAAGAAACGAAAACAAGGGCUAUCUCUAUAUUUAUUUAUUUAUUUCUUAUUUUAUUUAUUUUUUUUUUCGUUUUUGUUUAAUUCA